UUCCGCUCGCUUGGGUUGACUUUACUGUGUGUUCCGUUGAAACCUGUCCGGCGGAAGUUGUGAUCAAGGCCUCGUCACAAAAGCAAUGGCGAGCGGUAUCGGCAAACACAAGAUACUGAAUGUGGGGCCGACGGAGCCCUGGUCAGUCAGGGAGAAAUUGUGCCUGGCCUCCUCUGUUAUGAGGAGCGGAGACCAAAACUGGGUAAGUGUAAGUAGAGCCAUCAAGCCUUUCGCAGAGCCUGGGCGUCCACCAGACUGGUUCUCACAAAAGCACUGUGCCUCACAAUAUUCAGAACUGCUGGAAGCUACUGAAGCCCCUAAGCGUAAGCGCGGUGAGAAGGGCGAGGUGGUCGAGACCAUCGAAGAUGUCAUCGUUCGUAGGCUGACCACUGAGAGAAUAGAGGAGUUAAAAAAACUUAUACGAGAUACACAAGAGCAGUACAGGAAGUUGAAGAAGGAGGUGGAUCUGAUACAGAUGGGUCACAUGGACUCCCAGCUGAAAGAGCUUUGGGGAGAGAUCACACUAAAGAAGAAGCAGGACGAGGAGGAAGCAGAGCAGAAGAGGAAAGCCACAGAAAUGGCGUACCAAGCUCGCCAGGCAGUGAAAAACACACCCAAGCGUCUGCCCAGUGUGACUUUACGGUCUCCCCUGGGUGCCAGCCCGCCAAACCUGGAUUCUCAGACUGACUCUUCAGUGCCCACUCCAUCCAUGGAUACAGGAGCCGGUGUCUCUGAAGAUACAACAACCACCACCCACUCAGUUGCUCAGGGAGUAGGAGUGUUUCUGCCAGCAGCAGACCCUCCAGGACCUGGGCUCAAAGAUGGUGGACUCGCUGUUCUAGUCGAUGACUCGCCACAGAAAAGGCUCCUAGCCCAGAAGGCCACACCGCCACCCUCACCUCUACUGUCAGAACUGCUGAAAAAAGGCAACCUCAUCUCAGCCAGCCCUCGCCUGGUUGCAGAGGGCGACUCCACUGGAAGCCUAACUAAUGGCGUACAGACUGCUACGGCAGCCACUGCCUUACCACCUGGCCAUGACAUCAUCACAGAGGGGGAAGCGGAGGCCGCAGUGAAGGCAGAGCUCGGUGAGGACACGGGAUUAGUAGAAGAAGACCUCGUGGCUGUGUCUUACAUUGGUGAUGAACUGGACCUGGAGACAGUGGGAGACAUCAUUGCCAUCAUUGAAGAGAAGGACGAUGACCCUGUGGCUUUGGAUGCAGCUGCGGUGGAAGCAGCUCUCUCUCUGUGCGAAGAGGCCGUGUCAGAAGGUCACACCCUACCUGGCCCCUGGGAGACCCAAGAGCUGAAAGCUUCAGAGCCCACACCCACCAUCCAAGAGUCAGCCCCCCCACAGACACCUCAGGAUAUGGUCGCAACAUUAGCCCCGACACCUGCCAGCCAGGAGACACAAAACCAGCCAGAUACUAACAGGGAAGAACCGCUUAAGGGAAACUAUGAAGGACCUGAGGUGACGGGAAGUGAUGUCACUUCUUCUGUCACCUCUGAUGAUGGUGUAGCAGCAAGUGAAGUCGCAGAGGAGGGGCCCGUGGUCAAAGAAGUCACUGAAGCUACAGUGAAGAGUGAAGGAGAGGAGUGGAGUCAGCCUGAGCCCAACCCACCUUGCUUAGACUCUGAGGACAGCUCUGUGUCCGGGAAAGAGUCCAAGGAGGUGAAGGAGGAGGAGGCAGGGAGCGAGGGCGACCCCGAAGAAGCGAUGGAGCUGAAGGACGAGUGUGGAGAGGGGGAGGGUCCAUAUUUAUCUGAGGUGGAUCGGGCAGCAAGUGAGAGUGAGGAUGGAUACGGCCCGCCCUCCCAGCGCUACACUGCUGAUUCACUGGCCAGCAGCCCGGCCUCUUCUUCCCAGCUCUCUACAUGUGGCGAAGACCAGGAGGCGGUCCAGGCGCAGAAGAUCUGGAAGAAAGCCAUUAUGCUGGUGUGGAGAGCUGCAGCCAAUCACAGGUACGCCAGCGUCUUCCUACAGCCUGUGUCAGAUGACAUCGCUCCAGGUUACCACAGCAUUGUACACAGACCCAUGGACCUGUCCGCCAUAAAGAAGAACAUCGAGUCCGGUGUUAUCCGUACCACCGCUGAGUUCCAGCGCGACAUCAUGCUGAUGUUUCAGAAUGCCGUCAUGUACAACUCGUCGGACCACGACGUGUACCACAUGGCGCUGGAGAUGCAGCGCGACGUCCUGGAGCACGUCCAGCAGUUCCUGGCCACCCAGCUCAUCAUGCAGACCUCAGAGAGCGCCAUCUCUGCCAAGAGCCUCCGAGGCAGGGAGGGAAAUCGUAAACCAGGAGAGCCAGCCGAGAAGGACAGUGUCCCAAUGGCCUCUCCUGCUUUCCUUCUCUCUCUUUUUGAUGGAGGCACUAGGGGGCGGCGGAGUGCCAUGGAGGCCGACCUCAAGAUGAAGAAGUAGUGCAAGAGGGGGCUGAGAGCCGCUCUUCGAAUCUUGCAGCUGAUUGCUUUCUGGUCACUUUGGUCGUUUUCUGAAGAGGACUGUGCCGUCUCCAUGUGCCUGGUUUUUGUGUGCACACACACACACACCUAUACUAAGGGCCAUAAGUGUGUGUGUGUCUGAGAGAGCUGUACAGUGUUUUCUUCGCUCCCAUUCAUGGGGCGCCAUGGGAUGUUGCACCAAUUUUCCCAAGAAUAAUUUCACCAGCACGGGUAGCGGGGGUCAUAAUUUGCCCCUGCUGCAACACAAGGUCUUUGUGGAUAGAGAACAAUACUUUCACCAGCAACAGUUUGUUUGGGAUCAGAUGGGAACGGGCCAGGUGAGUUCUACUUGGCAGAUUUGAUCACUUUGAGUCGUGCAUACGUCCGGCACCCGAUUAUGCUCAGCCCCUUUGGGCUGAACAGACGUCAACAACGAAGAUGGCCACAUGAGCAACCAUGAUGUAUAGUUCCACAAAUUCAAAGCGAGUCUUCUAGUUCUGCAUGUUGGGCUGACACCACCCCGAGCAAAGAAAUCUGUUAGUUUGAUCACUGCUAAAGCAUAAUGGUAAAAUAAGAGUUACUUAAAAUAUUUCAUAAAAUAGAUUUCUGAUCUUCUUUUUGGUUGCAAAAUUGUGGUUUGUGUCUUCUAUUAAUAGUAAUUUAAUUAAUUUGAUUCAAUCUAUUGGCCAUUGUCUACCAGUGCAUGUUUCAGCCCAUUAAACUGCAGAUCCUUCACUUUUCUACUGAUCGUACUUCUGAGUACAAUUGAUAAUAAGGGUAAUUAUAUAAAUAUAGAUAAAAUUCAGCCACAGGUUAAACUCAGUGUAACACUUUCAGCACUGAGCAGGGCUGCCACUGAUGUUUGGCAACAAGCUCUUAACCUGAGGUAUCAACAGCACCAAAAAAAGGCUUUCAAAACAUUACCCGGCUCUACAAAAUAUUUAAUUAGGUUGACCUCAAAUGUCAAAGCCCUUCUUUUACAAGGAAAUAUACACUAAGGCCCAAAGUUGCCCUUGAAGCAGCUUUAAAUACCAGUGGUUUGACAAAACAGUUGUUUUUUAAUGGGCUUUAACAGAUUGUUGCUGAAUCAUUGCCACUUAUUACUUAGGAUGUAGGCUGUGCAUAGAGCACAGGAAAGAUUUUUGUAAUGCGUGUCAAGGAGUGAAGUUUUGUACUGGAAAAGGUUCAUGUAGUUAUGUUUGGGUAGCUGAUACAUUUGUGUAAAUUUGUUAAUAAAGAUUUGAUCUAAACGUGUAAGGGAUCA